CGGAGCGCAUGCACUAAACUGCUUUCACCACCGGGGCGGCCCCUGAAGUCUACCUUUAAGAAGCUUGGUCCAGAAUGAUGCACAUGUAUAUAAAUAGUUGCUGGAAAGACCACUGACAACCUCAAAGCACAAUGAAGUUCCUUCUGUUACUUUCAGCCAUUGGGUUCUGCUGGGCUCAGUAUGACCCAAAUAUCGAAACUGGACGGACGUCUAUUGUCCAUCUGUUUGAGUGGCGCUGGGUUGAUAUCGCUCUUGAAUGUGAGCGAUACUUAGCUCCCAAAGGAUUUGGAGGGGUUCAGGUCUCUCCACCCAAUGAAAAUAUUGUGGUUUCUAGCCCUUCAAGGCCUUGGUGGGAAAGAUACCAACCAAUUAGCUACAAGUUAUGUACAAGAUCAGGAAAUGAAAAUGAAUUCAUAGACAUGGUGACUAGAUGUAACAACGUUGGUGUUCGUAUUUAUGUGGAUGCUGUAAUUAACCAUAUGUGUGGAAGUGGUGCGGGUGAAGGAACGAGCAGUACUUGUGGAAGUUACUUCAACGCUGGAAGUAGGGAUUUUCCGGCAGUCCCAUACUCUGCUUGGGAUUUUAAUGAUGGUAAAUGUCAAAGUGCAAGUGGAGAGAUUGAGAGCUACUAUGAUAUUUACCAGGUCAGAGAUUGUCGUCUGACUGGUCUUCUUGAUCUUGCACUGGAGAAAGAUUAUGUGCGUUCCACGAUUGCUGAUUAUCUGAAUUUCCUCAUUGACAUUGGUGUAGCAGGGUUCAGACUGGAUGCUUCUAAGCACAUGUGGCCUGGAGACAUAAAGGCAAUUUUGGAUAAACUGAAUAAUCUAAACACAAACUGGUUCCCUGAAGGAAGUAAACCUUUCAUUUACCAGGAGGUAAUUGAUCUGGGUAAUGAGCCAAUUACAGGGAGCGAGUACUUUGGAAAUGGCCGUGUCACAGAAUUCAAGUAUGGUGCUAAACUAGGCACAGUUCUGCGCAAGUGGGAUGGAGAGAAGAUGGCAUACUUAGUGAACUGGGGAGAAGGCUGGGGUUUCGUGCCUUCUGACAGAGCACUUGUCUUUGUGGAUAACCAUGACAAUCAGCGAGGACACGGAGCUGGAGGAGCAUCUAUUCUUACAUUCUGGGACGCUAGACUGUACAAAAUGGCAGUUGGAUUUAUGCUCGCUCAUCCUUAUGGAUUUACAAGAGUAAUGUCAAGCUACCGUUGGGACAGAUAUUUUGAGAAUGGAGAGGAUGUUAAUAAUUGGAUGGGGCCACCAAAUGAUAAUGGAGUGAUUAAAGAAGUUACUAUUAAUCCAGACACUACUUGUGGCAAUGGCUGGGUCUGUGAACACCGGUGGCGUCAAAUAAGGAACAUGGUUGAGUUCCGUAAUGUAGUUGAUGGCCAAUCUUUUACAAACUGGUGGGAUAAUGGUAGCAACCAAGUAGCUUUUGGAAGAGGAAACAAAGGAUUCAUUGUCUUUAACAAUGAUGACUUGACAUUAUCUUCAACUUUGCAAACUGGUCUUCCUGCUGGCACAUAUUGUGAUGUUAUUUCUGGAGAUAAAAUUGAUGGCGAUUGUACAGGAAUUAAAAUCUAUGUUUCCGAUGACAGCAAGGCUUACUUUUCUAUUAGUAACACUGCCGAAGAUCCAUUUAUUGCAAUUCAUGCUGAAUCAAAAUUGUAAAACUUGAAAUAAAUACAUAUACCCAGCAGA